AUGAAUUUGCAUUUCAAUUUUCAACUACGGCUCCUCUUGCUCAAUUGGAUCUGCUCACAUUCACCGGUGUUUGUGCGUUCAUGGGAAGUGGAGUUUAAUCGAAAUUUCCUCUGCACAUUGGGCAAGAUCAUACGUGUGCAAGAGAUGAUUUGGUUCGUAAGCGACCAAAUGAAUGCAACGAAUAGCGCAGGAUGCCAGGAGCUGAUUAUAUCGAUGUACAAGUGCCUUGGCCUCACACAGUCAAUUUUGAGCAAUCGCACCGAUAUCCGUUUCAUACAAUCCGAAAAUAAGAAACACGCACUGAGUGUUGUCUUCACUACCACACCGGAAGAUCCCAUCUUGCAUGUGCACGACCUUGCUUUGCGUGGACGCCAUUUUUACAUCAGUUUGUUAAUCGCGGUGAAUAUAGUGCACGAUUUCAAAGUGGUAGAGCAAUUCUUAUUGGGCUUGAACAAACGUCAUUUCCAUUCGUCUUUGUUAUAUUUCUAUACUUCAAACCGAACAAAUGAACUUUUCGGGAAUAAUAUGUAUCCGGAGGUGAAACCUGAAAAUCGCUCGAACUACUUGGAAGAAAUACGCCAAUUAUUGAACAAGACUUUAGCUGGUGGUGCUGAUAUGCUGGGUUACAAAAUGUAUACGCCGCUACGACAAGAUUUGCCACAUGUCUUCGGGUAUGUGAAUGCAAGCGGCCAAAUCAACUGGCGCGGUGCAGCCUAUAAUUUAUUGGAGGUAUUCACGAAUUACUGCAAUAGUUCCUUGAUUGAGUACGAAAUGCCCAAGGACCGGUUGGGUGGCGACGUUAUCGAUAUGAAGGCGGCGCUUGAAUUGAUACGUAGGAGCAAGGUGGCUGUAAUGGCACACGCUUACGCGUUAUUCCAGGAGGACGAUGAGCUUAGUAAGAGUUAUCCGCUCAAGGUGGUGCGCUGGUGUCUCAUGGUUCCCGUUUGGAAUAGCGCUACAACAAUGCUUUAUCCCGUGGAACCAUUCGACAAUUGGACUUGGUUUGGUAUUGUUGGUGUUUUUGGCGCACUCGUGGUCACGAAGUGUCUGUGGUGCUGUUGGCAGGGUACACAUCAGUUGGCGACACGCUUAGGUGAAAGCGUUUUGAAUAGCUUCUGCUUGAGUAUUGGCAUUGGCACGCCCAACGUUUUUGGUGCGCCCUCUGUAGUGGAUUUCUUGAUUUUCGCUUGCAUUUUCUUCUAUGGCUUCUUUCUCACAUCCAACUACACCUCUCUACUGGGCAGCAUUUUUACAGUCACUUUAUUUCGCGCACAAAUCAACACAAUGGAUGAUCUCAUCAGCGCGAACAUAUCGGUGAUGAUUAUCGAUUAUGAGUUGGAGUUUUUGCAUUCAAGUGGCGAGGAAUUAGCGGAGAACUUCUCGCGUUUAAUUCUACCAGUAGAUUCGGCCACUUUUAAUUUGCAUCAAGUGCAGCUAAAUUCAAGCUUUGCUUACUUUGUGACCGAGGAAAAGUGGCACUUUCUGGAAUUGCAGCAAAAGUACCUCAAGCAAGGCAUUUUCAAAUUCAGCGAUAUUUGUUUCGGUUCCUAUCACUUAACCUACCCACUGCAGACGGAUUCUUUGCUCUAUCGAAAUCUCGAGUAUUUCAUAUACCGCACGCAUUCUUCGGGCAUGUUGGACCACUACGAGAGCACAGCUUUCGAUUAUGCGGUCAAAGCCGGGCUCGUGAAACGCUUGGCGGCCAAUUCGGAGUUCACAUCGGCUGGCAUGCAACACUUGGCUGUUGUCUUUUUCAUGCUGUUGAUUAUGCUUGGCGUAAGUUUCAUUGUUUUUGUAAUAGAGCUACAAUGCGCUCGUUUCAAAAAUGAAUGAAUGAAUUCAAUAGCAUUAAUUACGCAGAGCUGCGCUGCAAGAUGAGGCAAAAUACGCGUCAA